GUAGCGAUAAACUAGAAGAAAAAAAACCGAAAUGGACCCGACCGUGUUAAUCCUGUCUUAUGGAUCGAAGACUCCCUUGGAAAUUGCCGAAGGCAUCCUGACUGAAAUGGAUCAACCAAAGACACCGAUAAAUAACGAAGUUUCUUCACAUUUCUAUAAAUGCAAGAUUAAAACGAAAUACUUCAACACUUCAGUCAAUUUAAUUCCUUUCGAUGGAAAGUGGGAAAAUGUUCCGACAGAAAUCACCAAAACCACGGAAGCUGUAAUAGUCUUUUUUGACGCCAACGAUAUGAACUUCUUGCACACUUUCUCAGAUACUUUCUUGAGUGAUUGUCCAUUGAAACUCGGCUUUCUCUUGACAACUUCGUUUCCCUGCGAGGAAAACGGCAUAUCCCUGUCAGACCUAAAGAAACGCACGAAUUUCAUUUUCGACUUUAUAUCUCUGAAGAGCAAUAGCGAAACCGAAACCGAAUCGACGGCGACAUCGACAUCGACGCCUGCUCAGACAGAGGAUCAAUAUCAGGAAAUUGUGGAUGGCUUGAGAAAUGUUGUUUGGUCAAAUGUAGAGAUAAGCACGAAAUCGGGCUCCCUGCAGAAGAAAUCAUUAAGCUCCGAAGAUUUGGACACGCAAUUGAAUGAUUUCGAAAACCUUCUGAUUACUGCGCAAAGUUUACGCAGUGAUACCCGUUUAACGAGAGACGAGUUCCUCGACAAAGCGGAGCAACUGGCCGGCGUAAUGUCCAACAUAUUAAAUGAUAAUGAUAGCGACUAAGCUUGUCUAACGUAUCGUUAGCAAACAUAUCGUAUUCUUUCGCAACAAAAUACAAUACACAUUAUACACACGCUAAAAUCUUGCUAAGGA